UGGCGGCCCCUUUAAGAGGCGCGGCGGGGGCAGGCGAGGGGCUCUGCUCCGCUCUGCUCUGCCCCGCCGCACCGAGCGGCCCCCGCUGGCCGCCCCGGCCCGGGGCCCGGCCGCGCCGCGUCACCUGACCGCGCCGGCACCAACCUGCGGGGGGCGGCGGCAGGGCCGCGCCGGGCAGGGCCGGGCCGGGCCGUUCCGCCCUCUGCACCGGGGGAGGGGGCGGCGCUGGCUGCGGCAGUAGCGCGGGGAUUAGGCUGCGGGCAGGAUUAAGCCGCCGGCUCGAAAUAGCGGCGGCGGCUGGCGGGCGGGCGUGGACGCCCCAGCGCAUCGCCGGCGGCGGGAGGGGGCAGCCCGCCCCGCACCUGCGGCUACCGCGGGCGGGGGCGCCUCACCAGUGAGCCGGGCCGGGGCAGCGGGCGGAGACUGUGCCCUCCCCGGAGCGGCGGCAGGAGGAGGAGGACGGGAGGGAAGGACGCGCUGACAGAGCAGGCAGCGGCGGCGGUAGGCGAAGAUGUCGGGUCAGACGCUGACAGAUCGCAUCGCAGCUGCUCAGUACAGCGUUACGGGAUCAGCUGUAGCCAGAGCCGUCUGCAAAGCCACCACGCAUGAAGUGAUGGGGCCCAAGAAAAAGCACCUGGACUACUUGAUCCAAGCAACUAAUGAAACAAAUGUGAAUAUUCCUCAGAUGGCUGAUACACUUUUUGAGCGAGCAACAAAUAGUAGCUGGGUGGUUGUCUUCAAAGCCUUAGUUACCACGCAUCAUCUAAUGGUUCAUGGCAAUGAGAGAUUCAUUCAGUACCUGGCAUCUAGAAACACAUUGUUCAACCUCAGCAAUUUUCUGGACAAAAGUGGAUCUCAUGGUUAUGACAUGUCCACCUUUAUAAGGCGUUAUAGUAGAUACUUGAAUGAAAAAGCAUUUUCCUACAGACAAAUGGCAUUUGACUUUGCAAGGGUGAAGAAAGGAGCUGAUGGUGUAAUGAGAACAAUGGCUCCAGAAAAGCUACUGAAGAGCAUGCCAAUACUACAGGAACAAAUUGAUGCACUACUUGAAUUUGACGUUCAUCCAAACGAACUGACAAAUGGCGUCAUAAAUGCUGCAUUCAUGCUUCUAUUUAAAGAUCUUAUCAAACUUUUUGCUUGCUACAAUGAUGGGGUUAUUAACUUACUAGAGAAAUUUUUUGAAAUGAAAAAGGGACAAUGUAAAGAUGCUCUUGAAAUCUACAAACGAUUUCUUACUCGAAUGACCAGAGUAUCAGAGUUUCUUAAAGUUGCAGAGCAAGUUGGAAUUGACAAAGGUGAUAUCCCUGAUCUUACGCAGGUAUUGCUGUCAGGAAUUCUGGUUGAUCUGAAAGACACUGAUAAAGAGAAUUCCCCUUUUAAAGACUGUACCAUUGAUGAACCGGCUCCUAGCAGUCUUAUGGAGACCCUUGAGCAACAUCUAAACUCAUUGGAAGGAAAAAAACCUGGCAACAGAUCUGGGGCUCCUUCUCCUCUGAGCAAGUCUUCUCCAGCCACAACUGUUACAUCUCCUAAUGCUACUCCAGCAAAAAGUAUUGAUACAUCUCCUCCAGUUGAUCUUUUUGCAACUUCAUCUACAGCUGCUCCAGUCAGUUCUUCCAAACCAUCUAGUGAUCUUCUGGAUCUUCAGCCAGAUUUUGCAUCUGCGGGGCAAGCGGCUCCAGCAGCCCCUGCUGGAGCAACUUCCUGGGGAGACCUCUUGGGAGAGGAUAAUCUGGCUGCACUUCCCGGUGUUACCUCUGAGCCACAGAUUUCAGAUCCAUUUGCCCCAGAGCCUAGUGCAACUACUGCUGCAACUACUGAUACUGCAACUACUUCAGCUGCUGCUACAACUACAACUAUUACUGCUGCCACUGCUGAAGUGGAUCUCUUCGGAGAUGCCUUUGCAGCUUCUCCUGGGGAAGCCCCUGCAGCAACUGAAGGGGCAGCAGCACCAGCUACCCCAACCCCUGUAGCAGCAGCUCUUGAUGCAUGUUCAGGAAAUGACCCCUUUGCCCCAUCCGAAGGUAGUGCAGAGGCUGCUCCUGAGCUGGACCUCUUUGCUAUGAAGCCAACAGAGUCUGCUGUUCCUGUAGUUACCCCUACAACUAGUGCAGCCACUCCAGCUCCUGCAACUACUCCUUCUCCAGCUGCUGCUGUUGCUGCUGCUGCUACUGCUACUACAGCUACUGCCACCACCACCACCACUGCCACCACUUCUGCUCCUGCCACCACCUCCGCUCCUCCUGCUCUAGAUAUCUUUGGUGAUUUAUUUGAGUCUGUUCCCGAGGUACCUGCAGCACCUAAACCAGAUGCUACACCUAGCAUAGAUCUGUUUGGUACAGAUGCUUUUUCAUCUCCACCACAUGGAGCUUCUCCUGUGCCUGAGAGUUCUCUCACUGCUGAUCUCUUAUCUGUGGAUGCAUUUGCAGCCCCUUCUCCUCUACUCACUGCCUCUCCAGCAAAGGUGGAUUCUUCAGGUGUGAUUGACCUAUUUGGUGAUGCUUUUGGAAGUAGUGCUUCUGAACCCCAGCCCGCAACCCAGGCUGCUUCUAGUUCCUCAGCUUCUGCAGACCUACUGGCUGGCUUUGGAGGUUCCUUUAUUGCUCCCUCUCCGUCACCAUCCCCAGUCACUCCAGCUCAAACCAACUUACUACAGCCUAACUUUGAUGCAGCUUUUGGAACAACAGCUCCAACGAGUGGAAGUUCGUUUGAUGCAUCAGUGUUUGAUGGCUUAGGUGAUCUCCUUAUGCCAACUAUGGUUCCUUCUGGUCAGUCUAUAGUACCUUCGGCCGCACCAACAGUCACCCCUUCAGCAGCAAGCAAAGGCCUUGGAAGUGACCUUGAUUCAUCUCUUGCAAACCUAGUAGGCAAUCUUGGAAUUUCUGGUACCACUUCAAAAAAGGGAGACCUUCAGUGGAACGCUGGAGAGAAAAAAUUGACAGGAGGAGCCAACUGGCAGCCGAAAGUAGCACCUGCAACAUGGUCAACUGGUGGAGUGCCAAGUGGUCCAUUGAAAGGUUGGGCAAUACUGUACUAUACAGGAACUGUGCCUCCAGCAAGUGCUGUUCCUGCCGCAGGAGGUACUCCACCUGUUGUACAGCCAGGAGCAGCAUUUGGGAUGCCCCCAGCAGGAGCAGGUGUACCCAUGAUGCCCCAGCAGCCAGUUAUGUACGGGCAGCCUAUGAUGAGGCCACCGUUCGGAGCUGCCACUGGCCCUGGUGUGCAGCUUUCUCCAAGCCCAACUCCUGCUACUCAGAGUCCCAAGAAACCUCCAACAAAGGACCCAUUAGCGGAUCUUAACAUCAAGGAUUUCUUGUAAACAAUAAGAUGCAGUUUUUCUGACUGGAUAGUAAAAACGUGAGUUUGGAGUCUACAAAUUGAUGCUCAGAGUUUCAAAGUGAGCCACCAGUACCAAACCCAGCGCUUAUUCAGACUUUCUCUUACUCCUGAAACGUGUAGCACAGCUGUGAAAGUGAACAUUAGGAAUGUGUACUACCUUAGCUGUUAUCCCUACUCUCUCUAAAUUUGUGUACUUGGGUUAUUUGUGUUUUACAAUUUAAACAAUGGAUGUAUGUUUUUGAUGCCUUCUAGUGCUUUUCUGAACCUAUCCCAUGGAGGAAGAUUAUGCAGCUGUUGUUUGGUGAGCCAUUUGGAGCGAUGUCUGUGUUUUUUGAAGGUUUCAAUGUAUAUAACUUUUCAAGGACACCUAAAAUUUCCCUAAGACUCAAUUCCUUCUUUAUCUGUUACAAAAUAUAGUGUGAUAAUACCAGAUGAUAGUAAGGAAAACACUUAUGAAAUUGUGUGGAAUACACUUUUUUCCAAUCACAGGAAUCUCAAUUGUCAUGAAAAAAUGUUUUAUUUUUAUGGCACUGUAUAUGUUAAGAUGAUUUAAAGUAAUAUAAAGGUAAACUUCCAUAACAUACUUUUCAAUGAUUUACCAAGAAUGAAAAAUCAUAUCUGAAAGAAUACCAUAUUUAUUGCUGGUUUUAUUUUAAAAUAUAUUUUAAUUAUUUAAGUUUUUUUCUUUUAAAAUUGGCAUAUUUAUCAAUUCUUGCUAAAUGCACUGAAAAUAAGUAAAGGGUCAGUUUCUCUCCAUGUAGUUGAAAAAAGCAACCAUAGUUGUGCUGGCAUUAAGGGAUUUCAAAUAUGAGAGCACUCUUUGGUAUAUCUGUAGUCAAAACAUUACAAGUGGUGUUAUUCAUCUCUGUUUAGUUCUUAUGUACAUCUCUUAAUUUAGUGCUUACCUGUGUAUGCCUUAGGCUAGUGUUUUAUCCAUUUCCUCAAAUGCGCUGUGAGUAGCUUUUGUACUAUUGGUGAUUAGAUUUAAUUCUGAUCCAGAGAACCAUGCCCUUUACUGUACAUAAUGUGUUUCUUUAAUUUUUAGUUUGUUCUCAUACUGUUUCUGCUGAUGGCUUGGCUUAAGAUCUUGACUCUUAAAUGAGGUCACUGUUGAUCAGUGUUACAAGUGGCUUGGCAGUUCUCUGUAAAAGCAUAUUGGGUUGGAAAGAUGUUCACCUCAAGUCUUUCAAAUUAACUAUUUAAUCAAUGUAUGGUACCAUUAAAAGUGGUUGUAUCUGAAUUUGCUGUGGGGAUAACAUACACCGUAAUGGGAAAGUUCUAUAAAAAGCUAAUUUCAAAAUGGCUCUUCUUUGUAUUUCAGUUCAAAAAAACAAAAAACAAAAAAAACCCCAGUGCAUGUGUGCCCUCUGAGAUGCAAUAAACACCUUGAUGAAAGUAAA